UUUUCAUAGUUUUUGCUUAGCCUCGCCAGUGAGUGUCGCCGUUUUCGUUAAAGGUUAAGCCUUUCGAUUUCGCCUACGACCUGAUCUGCUGCAAAAGAAAAACCUGCAGGCCCGUCUUCCGUCAGAACUGUGAGACUUGUUUUAGAUUGCUGUACCGUCGUUGAUUGUCUGGACCCAAACGUUUCCUCAGUUCGCUGUUGUAAUCAACAUGAGGCAGCUUUUACUUCCACUGGCAUUUAUAGGAUUGGACUUAUUGGCCACACAUUUCCUGAGACUUGUAUUGCUUUGGGUUCCGGUACCUCUGCUUCAGCAUCCCCUUUGUAAUAUAUGGCUGACAUCUCUUCUCCGUGGGACACUGUUUACUCUGGCCUUCAUUCACAUAUUCCAAAGGCUACAAGACUGCCCAGCUUGGCUUCAGAAGCAGGAUGCUCUUCAAGCAUGGAUGGUCUUAUGCUUGAUACCACCCAGUUAUGCCACUUUCAAAAUGCUCUGUUAUGUCUCAAACAAUGAAGUGCUUUGGGGCUGGUACUCACUGAAAUGGUUAGCUCUAGCAUAUGUUACUACAUCACUUACAGUUGUGUUGUGGAAGAGAUAUGCCCCUCAUUCCAAUGGUGGAGUUGAAAAGAAAACAGGCACUUCAUUGACAAGGCUGUUGUCUUAUAUGGUGCCUGACAUCAGGAGGUUUGUAGUAGUAAUCUUCUUCGUGGUCAUUUCAUCUCUUGGUGAAAUGGCAAUUCCAUACUACACAGGUCGUAUGACAGACUGGAUCAUGAGUGAGGAAAAUCCUGAUGCAUUUUUCAGUGCCAUUACAGCUAUGACGCUUAUCACUGUUAUGAGUGCUGUGUCAGAAUUUGUGUGUGAUCUUAUCUACAAUGUAACCAUGAGUAAGAUCCACAUGCGGAUCCAGAGUCUGGUCUUCCGGUCUGUCCUGCGUCAGGAAAUUGCCUUCUUUGAUACAGCUUCCACUGGUGAUAUAACAUCUAGGAUUACAACUGACACCAACACAAUGAGUGAGUCUCUAAGUGAGAAGCUAAGCCUACUAAUGUGGUACUUCAUGCGGGUUGUGUGCUUGUCGGGUUUUAUGCUCAGUCUGUCAUGGAAACUCUCACUGUUCACUGCAAUCGGUCUACCCAUCAUCUGGAUCAUUCCUGAGUACUCAGGGAAAUUUUACCAGAAACUAUCUGUGAAAGUGCAGACGUCACUGGCAGAAGCUAAUAAAGUAGCGACAGAAGUGUUCUCAUGCAUAAAGACUGUGCGCAGCUUUGCCAAUGAGGAUGGUGAAGCAAAACGAUAUAGUGACAUGCUGGAAGAGACAUACAAGUUGAACAAGAUUGAAGCAGUAGCCUAUGCUGUUUCCACAUGGACAAACAGUCUAUCCAGCUUGGCACUUAAAGUAUGCAUCUUAUACUAUGGAGCUAAGCUUGUGACAUCAGAUGAUGUCAGCAGUGGAGACUUGGUUGCAUUUAUACUGUAUGAACUCCAGUUCACUUCUGCUAUUGAGGUGUUGAUUUCUUAUUACCCCCAUGUAAAGAAAGCAGUUGGGGCUUCAGAGAAAAUUUUUGAGUACAUGGAUCGAAAACCUGCUAUGACUACUCCAGGCACGCUUGCUCCUAAUUCUUUGAAAGGUCACAUUUCAUUCAAAAAUGUCAGUUUUGCCUAUCCAGGAAGACCUGAUACAAUGGUACUGAAGGAUGUAUCCCUGGAACUAAACCCUGGUGAAAUUACAGCACUUGUUGGGCCUUCAGGGAGUGGAAAGACAACAUGCAUUUCUUUGCUAGAGCGGUUUUAUGAGCCACAGACUGGAAAAAUUCUGUUGGAUGGAGUUUCUAUUCAGGAAUAUGAGCAUAAGUAUUUACAUAGGAAGCUUGCACUGGUGAGCCAGGAACCAAUGCUUUUUGCACGUUCCGUGGAGGAAAAUAUUGCAUAUGGCAUAGAAAACCCAUGCCUAGAAGAUGUGAAAAAUGCUGCAAAACUCGCAAAUGCUCAUGAAUUUGUAUGCGGACUAAAGGAGGGAUACAAUACAGAUGCUGGAGAGAAAGGGGGGCAGCUCUCUGGAGGACAAAAGCAACGUGUAGCCAUUGCCAGAGCUCUGCUUCGAGAUCCAAGUGUACUUAUUCUGGAUGACGCUACCAGUUCUCUGGACACAGAAAGUGAACACCUGGUGCAGUCAGCCAUCUUCAAUAGAAAACUAAAGUGCUCUAUUCUUGUGAUCGCUCAUAGACUGAGCACAGUGGAGAAAGCGGAUAGAAUCAUUGUGCUUGAGGAUGGCAGGGUGGUGGAACAAGGAACGCACAAAGAUUUGCUGCAACAGCAAGGCACAUAUUAUCUGCUCAUCCAGAAGAUGAUGAAAGGUUUUGACCGCAACGGCAACCAGGAGUCCGAGUGUGAAUAGAAAUUCACACAAAUAACUGGAAAAGUACUCAAGAUUAGGCUUGGACUAAAUUCUGCUUACAUAAAAAAAGACCUUACCUUUGAUCAAGCACACAGAAGAAGGCAUUUCAUCACAGUAUUGUGGUGUAGAAGUGAGAAAACAAGUUCUGUGCUUAUUUUAAUUUUAUGUUAUGGGAUAAAGUUGGAAAAAUAAUUUCAGUGUGAAGUUACAUGUAAAUAUUUGGCACCUAAGGUGUAAUUUAAAAAUGACUCCAGCACUGUAAAAAUAAUAGUAUUAACAAAGAGCACAAGUUUGGUUAUUUAUGAAAGCAUUAAUGUUGGUUACUCCAAAUUUUAAACUGUUUAUCACUGUAGAUCUCUUUUCCAGUUUAAAACUCAGUUUCCUUGUAUAUUUCUAGUUUUCUACCCCAUUUAGUCACCAAAUGGAAAAUUAAAAUUGAAUGUUUUUCUUUUGGUCAGA